GUCUGACGUCAUUCCGAAGCCUGGCCCCGGCUGCGGUGCUGUUGUCAUGCGCGUGAAAGCGAAGGAAGGACAUGACAUGGGGCUCUAUUCCCCCCUGACAACAUAAACGAGCUCCUUACACCGCUCCAGUCGCCGGACAGUUUGGCUUUCUAUGCGCCGCUUGAGCAGGACGGUUCAGUCGACGUCCAGUAGAAGCCGGGGCUCGCGAGCCGAGCAGCUUGCUUUGGAACCCACAGUUUAAGAGGAGCGACUUUAGCCCACAGACUGAGCAUGGCGUUAAUCCUGUUUACGAGGUCCCGGACACCUUUAAUGAAAACGUCCCGGUCGCUGAAGAACGAAUUCCGGAAGGGUAAAGGGAAGCUACAGGAUGGGGCCUGUUUCAACUGCACACCUCUCAGUCUCAGCAGUCAAAAGCUGGAAGGGCUCCAACUUGGCAGCCUGGUCCGUGUCUUCUCAGUCACUCCCUCCUUCGCCACGUCUGAAGAACACGUGGGGCCCUGUCACAAUCUAGACGCGCAGCGCCCCUAUUGUGCAUCGGCCGCGGGUUCCUGUGGCCCCGCCUGGUGCGCCGUGGGACCGCCACAGUACUUCCCGGGUGUCAGGUGGAUACACACCUCGCGGAGCAGGUGGGACGACUCAAAGGUGGAGAAAUCCCUGCGCUCGUUAAAAGACAAGAAGAAGAAGCUGGAGGAAGGGGGGCCGGUGUACAGCCCCACGGUGGACGCCAAACCGGUCAGGAGGACGCUCCGGCAGUGGGCUAUCGACGAGAUCAAGCACUACUACCAUGGCUUCAGGCUGCUGUGGAUCGACACCACCAUCGCCGGCCGCAUGCUGUGGAGGGUCCUGAACGGGAACCCUCUGUCUCGUCGGGAACGGAGACAGUUUCUCCGGACGUGUGCAGAUGUCUUCAGGCUGCUGCCCUUCCUGGUGUUCAUCAUCGUCCCAUUCAUGGAGUUCCUUCUUCCAGUGGCAUUGAAGCUCUUCCCCAACAUGCUGCCCUCCACCUUUGAAACGCAGUCAAAGAAGGAGGAGAGACUGAAAAAGGAGCUCAGAGUCAAACUGGAGAUGGCCAAGUUCUUACAGGACACCAUCGAAGAGAUUGCACUGAGGAACAAGGCUGCCCAGGGCAACGUGACCGAGGAGUUCUCCACCUUCUUCCAAAAGAUCCGGGACUCUGGAGAACGUCCCAGUAAUGAACAGAUCAUAAAGUUCUCCAAACUGUUUGAGGAUGAGCUGACUCUGGACAACCUGACUCGACCUCAGCUGGUGGCUCUCUGUCGUCUCCUGGAGCUCCAGUCCAUUGGAACCAACAACUUCCUCCGCUUUCAGCUCAUCAUGAAGCUCAGGGCCAUCCGAACAGACGACAAGCUAAUAGCCGAAGAAGGAGUAGAGAGUAUGAGCGUGAACGAGGUGCAGGCAGCCUGUCGUGUCAGAGGCAUGAGAGCUCUUGGAGUCACAGAGGAACGUCUGAGAGAACAACUCAGCCAGUGGUUGGAGCUGCAUCUGAACCAACAGAUUCCCACGUCUCUGCUGCUUUUGUCUCGAGCCAUGUUCCUCCCUGACACUCUGUCACCGGCUGACCAGCUCAAAACUACACUGCAAACCCUUCCUGAAAUGGUGACCAAAGAGGCCCAGUUAAAGGUGGCUGAAAUGGAGCUCUCCAAAGUGGACAAUAAGACCAAAGUGGAGACGAUGCUUCUGGAGGAGGCAGCGAUACGCCAAGACUCCAAGGAGCGGGAGAUGGAGAGGCUGGCUGAUGCUGCAGAGAAGGCAGCUAGGGAUGACGAGUUGGAGCUUGAAGCCAAUGGGGUGAAGCACAGCGAGGCAGAGCUAGCAUCGCUUCAGGCUAACAGAUCAGCUCAUUCAGAGACACUGAGGGACACAGCUCCUGUUAUCGAGGGAAGCAAGAGUGAGCAGUGGCAGAUGUUUCUGCGUUUCCAGGAUGAGGAGAUAACCAAAGAAGAGAUCGACCUUCUGAGUGAUGCCUGCUCUAAGCUGAAGGAGCAGAAGAAACUGCUAACUCUGGAGAAAGAGGAACUUGAGGACCUGAAGGACGAUGUCCAGGAGUACAACGAGGAUCUGGAGGAGAUAAAAAAGGAGUUUUCUAUGACCGGUCAAGACAAGGUUUUAGAAGAAUCCAAGGCCAGUCAGCGUCUGUCUAAGAGAGUCACUCGCAUGAUCGGUCGCAUUGAUAAAAUCAUUCUGGAGCUGGAGAAGGACAAAGUCAUCCUGGACGGGCAGGUGGAUAGUGGAGCCACUCCGCCUGUUGGAUUAUUCUUUACUAAAUAUAGCGACACUGCAAGUCUGUUCUACACCUUCAGGGAGAACCUGAUUGGCAUAGACGAGCUCAUCAACGUCAUGCGGCAGAUCCAGAACAUUCCAGAGGAGAAGCUGCAGAGGAUCGCAGAAUCCCUGGAUGACAACAAAGAUGGAAAGAUCGACAUUGAUGACGUCAUUAAAGUGGUGGAACUGAUUGACAAGGAGGACAUCGACAUCUCUACGUCGCAGGUGGCUGACAUCAUGGUCAUGCUUCAGAAGGAAGAGAAGCUGAUAGAGAAGGAGAAGGCCAAAGAGAAAGCUGAAAAGGAACAGGCAGCCAAACUCAACAGUUAACUCCUCUUCGCUCAAAGACACAGAGAGCAUUGGUAAAAAAGAAAAUAAAUAAAUAAAUGAGCACAGUGUAGUUUAAUUUGGUACCGGCUCUCAGAAUACUGCAGACAACAAGUCAUGGGAGAAUUGCAAGGUAACAGCUGCCUUGUGGCAAUAACUGGUAAAUGAAAAGUGUCAAAAAGAAGACGUACUUCCUUUUCAAUGCACAAAAAUGUAUUUGCAAGCUAUUAUAUAAAACUCUUUGGGGUGAUCUUAUGUAUUAUGUGGAUAGUUGAGCUUUUGUAAUUUUACCUAAUUUAUUGAUACAGGGAACACAGUGACAUGGAAACAUGGUUGCUUUACAAACUGAAAGCUUUGAGGAAGAAUUUGAUCAAAAUCAUCUUUGAAAAUUGUAUUAGAUGAUGUGGUAUUUUAGGUUUGGGGUGAAACAUCUUGCCUUUCAUUUCAGUCAUGUCAUCUCACAGAAAUGACAUCAUUUCUGGACUUGCACAGUAAACUUUAUAGUCAUCAUUGCCAUUCCACCAAGUUUGUUCUUGUUUAUGUUCUUACACCAUCCACCUCCAUUAUAUAGGUCCUUCCCUUUCUCUCAGUCGGAUUUGUUUUGGGUUGGUUGGUGCUUGCUACUAAAUACCUAACUGGCUGCUACCAAAGACAUUAUUAGACACAAAGCUUAGAUUUUGAAUGUGAAACUAGUGUCAAGAUCGCAUUUUAAAAGUGCUUCAGACCAAUUUAUUUAGGAAAUAAAGCAGAUUUAGACCAAUUCUAUUUCGAUUGAGGCCACACAGAUGGUAGUGUACAGAAACCAAUAUUAAUAGACACAGCGAUGCACAUAAAUUUGCAGCAACAUUUAUACAUUUAUAAAUAUAAAUGUCUAUGUCCCUUAUGUCAUGUAGAUAACACGGUCAGAUUGAGAUUGCAGUUUAGAAGCCACGUUGGUGCUUUACACACUUUUGGGCCUAGGCAUGGGCCAGUUACCGUGUAGCAAAGUAACAGCUCCAACACAAAACUGGCUGUUUGCUUUAGCCGCCUGCUGGUGAUAUACAAGAGAGAUCGACUGGAGUUUUCUAGUGCUGUAUGGAGCACAGAGGGCUUCAGCAAUGCCACCCACCUACCUAUUGCUACACACUGCUGGUCAGAUGGCUGAAAGAAGGCAACUACACCUUUUCCUCAGUUACAAGAACAGUGAGUUGGAUUGUCUGAAAAUAUUAAUAGUUAAAAAAAAAACAGCAACAAAAAACAUUGACAGAUGUCAAUUAAAAGCGAGGCAGCUGCUAUCUGUAAUUUGGACACCAGAAGCAGCAUUUCUGUAAAGCAGCUGACUGCAGGCUGGCAACCUGGGCAGAUAGCCCGACUAGUUAACCAGCGUGUUAUUUGGUAAAGGUAAAAAGGCAAAGUUCAGCUUGUUAAUUGAAAUUUAUAGCUAAAUUGCUUAUUCUGUAUUUUUGCUCUGUAACUCAAAAUAGGAAUAAAUGAACAAUAAACAGUUGUUAUAAUCCAUACAUCAUUUCAGCAGCAGCCGGAAAAUUUGUUGUUUUUCUGUUUAAUGAAAAGCAAUUAGAUCAUCUUUUACAUUGGUGUUUAAAAGGUUCUUGUAAAUUCUGUGAAACUGUGGUGUUUUUACUCAAUGUUAUCACUCUGUGAGAACAUCACACUGACCCAUGCCUAGUGUCUCUUUGGCUGUUUCAGGACAGUUUUGGUUGCUUUCCAUGGUGCUCUCCUGUUAGAGGAGUCCAUCAUGUUGAGAAGCAUGAUUAAGUUGUUCCUGUCCAAGCAAAGCACGUGCAAUAGCAUGACCAGUUUCGGCACCAUCUGUAGUUGUGGCAUGAUUUCCAAAUGCACUCUUACCUCCUUGCAAAGUGUCCAAGUCGUGCUGUAGUAUGCAAUACAUCAAAUUUUGGCUGCUUGUAAAAAAACAAAAAAAAAAGAACAGAAACCCAGAGAUACUGGUAUGUAUUAAGUCAGGAUUAUAUUUAGUUGCAGAAACACUAAAUGCAUCACUAACCCAAUAUUUGUCCAAGCUAGUUUGUGGAAAAGUGGAAGUUUGUGUAGGUAGAGGGUGAACUUGAAGCUUGAAUGCUUUGUACUUUUGUCCAUAUAAGUUCUGUUAGAAUUCUGGUAGAACCGGCCUUUAUAGGAUAAAUACAAAGUGACCUUCUCUUGACACAUGUACUACUAUAUGUACUAUUUGUAUAUAUACAUAUAUAUUUUUUAGAUUUUUAAGAAGAUUAUGGGAUUUUCGUCUUGGAAUAGAUCAGAUUGUUUUGAAUUUUAUCCUCAAACCAGGAUCUUUUUUUUGCACUGCAGCUAUGAAUGUGUUUUGGUUGUUUUUUGUGCUUCAUGUACAGUGCCUCGCAAAAGUAUUCGUACCCCUUAAAAUUGUCCACAUUUUGUCACCAUACAACCACAUCUUUUAUUGUAUUUUUGGGGGAUUUUUGGGGUUAGACCCAGUCCAAGUGGUUCAUAGUUGUGAAGUGGAAAAUAAUCCCUCAGAGAAUCGGUACCCAGAGGGCCUCCGGUUUUGGUCAGAGCUUGUUUCUUUUUUGGUAUUUUGUUUUUUUAUUACCUCCCUACCAACUUUACACAUCAGGACACUGAUUGCAUCUUUGCAAAAAUAGCUCAAGCUCAGUCAGAUUGGAUGGGGAGUCUGUAAACAGCAGCUUUCAAGUCUUUCUACAGAUUCUAUACUUUGACUGGGCCAUUCUAACAUAAUUCAGCCUUCAUCGCAUUUAAUCCCUCGCUUCAUGUUUAGGGUCUUCGUCCUGCUGGAAGAUAAACCUCCUCCCCAGUCUCUAGUCUUUUGUAGCCUCUAACAGGUUUUCUACCAGGACCUUACUGUGUUCAUUUCCUUCCAUCUCUCCAUUAACUCUCCCUAGCUUCCUGUCCAUACUGAAGAAGGAUGUCCUCACUGCACCAUGCCAUCAGCCUUGGUUUUUACAGUGAGGAUGGUGUCUUGAGGGUGAUGUGCAAUGGUAGUUAUGGGGCAUAAAGGACCAUUUGUGUCUGAUUUUCAGAUGAUAGAUCAGUGCUCUGUGAGAUAUUCAAAUCUCAGGAUGUAAUUUUAUCCCUGACUUGCCGUGUUCUUUGCCCUUCAUCAAGAUAUCUAUUACAUAAAAUCCCAACAGAAUACAUUAAGGUUGGCGACUGGCCAAAAUGUGGAAAAGUUCAGCAGUCGAAAAACCUUUUGCAAAGUACUGUAAGUGAAACGUAUCUGUGUCUGUGCAAAUACUACAAGCAGCUUAGCAGGGAAAUAUGUCACCUGAUUUAGUUGCUCAGAGCUCCGAGUAAAUGUUACUCUGAAGAAAUCAUGUUCUCUUUAUCAGAAAAAGGAAAUCUAGAAUAUAAUAUCAAAUGUAUACCUAAUACAGCAGCAAGUGUAACACCUCUGUCAUGUUUUACUGACUGGAACAAAUGUUUAGCUAUUUCGCUAGGUUAGUUACUUGAUUAAAAUAUUAAUAAAAUAUAUUGAUUGUAGUUAGCACUUAGAAUAUAGCAGCACAGAUUUUAGCUGACAUACUUUUUGACCAAGAGUUUUGUUUUAUCUGCUUCUCAUGAGUUUUAAGGCUUAAAUGAAUCAGUUUAAACGAAAAGAAAUGAUCAUUCGAAACACCAGUAAUAGUGAUUGGGUUUCCUGAACACUGCUGCUGUAUGUCCUUACUCUCACUGUUAUGAUGUUAGUCUCAGCUUAGUUGAAACUAACAUUGGAUUGUUUGUCCUCACUGCCAGUUCUCUGGUAUCCCUCUUUGGGAUUCUUUGGCAGUGCCCAGUGUAACUACACAUGACAGAACGAUACUGCAGGUGACCCAGAGUGGAUGAGGCUCCCUUUAAUGCGUUCCCUGAGACUGUUGUUAUGAAUGAUUAAGAGCUUGUUCAUCCUCCGGGUUCAGAGCCGGUCCUGCCUCACGGCGCCAGGGCUAAGCUUCGCCUGGGACCAGUCAGACGGAUGGCUGACACUCGGCCCAUAUGUGGGCCAAGGCCCGCUCUGCUGGUGGAUUGUUUAGGUUUCAGAGGCUGGGCAGGGACAUGGCACGAUCCUUGCAGCAUCAAUCAGCAGCCAGUGUAAACACGUCCUCUGCUUUAUUGACAACACGGCCACUGUUGUAGGUAUGGAGCGCAAAUGAUAGAGGUCCAGGGAAGGUUUGGAAAUUCUGAAAAUGGAAGAAUUUCUAUGAGCUGCUGUGAUCAAGAAGAAUGGAUACUGGGGUCAAAUGUUUAAUUCUGCUGCUUUUGCUGAAAAGCCGUUGUUGGAUUAAAAAUAAAACACCAUACAACAGAAAAAACAAAAUCCCCAACCUCAUGAAACCAGCUUGACUCAGAAAUGUCAUAUUCCCGUUAUAAACUAUGUUUUUUUCCAGCAAGUCAUUAAUUGGAUCACAGUAUCUGUAUUACCUAGAUGCACCAAGAAAAAUGUUGAAGCGGAUUGAACAGGAGAGCUAUUAGUGAGGUACCGCUGGUGGAGAGAGAGCGUUGUAGCAUUAAGUUAAAAUCCAACCCAAAGUCAUUGUUUGCCUCUCCUCCUCCUUCUUAAAUACUUCCUGUUUUAUGCAAAGGAAGACAAAAGCUGCAGUGAUUGAGGCUGUCGUCUGCAAAGAAGUACCACUGUGGAAAGCACUGUGGAGCUUGGUAGCUUCGUAGGAAAAGAUUGUCUCAGGGUGUAAGUGUUCAGUCUGAUGUGGAAGAAGCAUCAGCGUCGGGGAGAUUAAAUCCAACAUACAAACCGUCCGUUAAGAUUGCUGCUGAGUUUGACAGACUACUGAACUGUGGAUGUAACAGUAGGUUAUAUCUAUGAUUAUAGAAUCUUUCGUCCCCCUUUGUGGGUAGAACAAACACAUCUGCAGAGCAAAAACUUGAACAAGCCGUUGGACGCAGAAAGAAGCCGCAAGUGCAGGGAUUUUCCUGCCGGACCUCUUCUUACCUAGGCUAGGUUAGGUUGGGUUCUGACUGAACUCACCAGCACUUUUUUCCUCUUGCCAUAUUAGGAAAUAGUUAAAAAAUCCACCUGGGUGUGUUCAAGAGCAGCUGGGUCUGUGUUAGUUGAAAAUUAAACUCGAAUAACUAAAUGAGACUGAAAUCAGGAAAAUAUUAUAACAAGCUGAGGCUAGAGUAGCAGUAGCAGGGUGAUAUCAGAUUACAUUCAGGGAGCUGGUACAGAUUUAAUGUGUCGCUUUAAUGUGGAGUUCUGAUAAAGUUUAGGUCUUGAUAUAACAGCCUACUUUUUAAAUCAACUUGAAUGUCAAAUAUCUAGCAAGCAUAUGUUUUUUACUUGUAUUAUUAUUAUUUUUUGCUAAAGUGCAUCUGGAGUGUUUAGAGCGCUUCACUUUUUCCAAAUUUCAUAUUAUAGUGUUAUUCCAAAAUGGACUUUACAUUCAAUACAUUUUACUCCCCCCCCCCCUCGCCCCCCCAAAAAAAUUAAAAAUAAAUAUUAAACAUUGAACAUUGAUGAUGUGAAAAAACGUUAUUUUAACUUUUUUUUGCAAAUAUAUGUAAAAAAAAGAAAAACUAAGACAGUCAUGUAAAAUGUAGAGAAAUUGGAAAAAGUGAAAUGCUUUCAGUUCCAGACACACUAUAUAUUGUCUUGAGUUUCUGUAAAGGAAGGAUCAUUAACAAAAUGCACCAUAAGUGUUAAAUAAAUUGUAAGGAGUCUUGUUUUUUGUUUAA